UUUGUAUAGUUGACCACAUGAAUUUGCGCUCGUCGGUGUUUACAUUAUGUGCUGCCGUAAUCAGUGUCUUGGCUUGGAUCUUUGCGUUAUAGACUGAGUGGUGCGGUCUCGCUGUGGCAUGGCGGAGCUGAAGUUGUUGUUCAGGAAGCGAAGUUAGAGUCCCGGCCGAGAGCAGCUCCCGAUGUGUGAAGGGAAAAGUGGAAAUCGCGCACGAGAGAGUUUUUUUAAGUUUGAUCAAAGCUAAACAGUAUCGUUCGGGGUUGGCCACGUCGAUCCGCGAUGUCUGGCGCCACAGUGAACUCCGGCGUCGGCGAGAAGCCCCAGUCCGCCUUCAGCGCCGUCGUCAGGAAGAGCUUUUCGUCCUUCUCGGUGGACUCCAUCCUUAGCGGCGGCGGCGGCGAGUCCCGCUCCGCCAGACACGCAGACGAAGGCCCCGACGGCGAGCACAGAAGUCCCCUGAGCUUCCCCGGCUCCGCACACACCGCCGAGUUCCUCCUGCGAGAAGAGCGGGGCGGCGGCGGCGGCGGCGAGGCGUGCAAGAAGGACCGCGAGGGCAGCGAGCACACGGCGCCCUCGUCGCCGGGCUGCGAGGACGACGACCGCGACGAGGAGGACAUCCACGUGGACACGGACCCCGAGGACGAGAAGGACCGCGACGUGGCCGAGCGCCUCCACGCCGCCGCGCAGCCCGUCAUCAGACCCACCGCCCUCGGGCCCCUACAGGACCCGCGGCUGACGGGCCUCGGGCACCCGCCGCCCCCUCACACCCUCCUGCCCCCGCACCUGCAGGCGGGCCUGUGGCCUUCGCUCCCGCUGCUGCACCACCAGCUGUCUCUGCGCGCCCUCAACAAGUCGCCGGAGCCCCCGCGCUUCCACGGCCCCAUGAAGGUCACGCUCCGGAAGCACAAGCCCAACCGCAAGCCGCGCACGCCCUUCACCACGCAGCAGCUCCUGGCCCUCGAGAAGAAGUUCCGCGAGAAGCAGUACCUGAGCAUCGCCGAGCGCGCCGAGUUCUCCGCCUCGCUCAGCCUGACGGAGACGCAGGUCAAGAUCUGGUUCCAGAACCGCCGCGCCAAGGACAAGCGCCUCAAGGAGUCCGAGAUGGAGCGCCUUCGCCUGGCGUCGGAGCCCUUCGUCCCGCCCAACCCCUUCCUGCCGCCCGCCUCGCUGCUGCCGCCCUUCCUGCUCAACAGCCCCUUCGUGCAGGGGCUGCGGCACCCCCUGGGGCCGCCCGCGGCGCCGCCACCCACCACCUCCCCGCCCACGUCGCACUAACGCCUGCAGGUCUGUCCUUCCCGCUACGCCCGCAUGCGGGCGCCCCUUGCCACCGCCUCCGCCGCCAUGCCCUCCGGGCCGCCUCUGAACAGACCUUCCGCCCUCACCCUGGGUCCCUCCCGCGCCCCUCGCCCUU